GUUGACACAUUACCAUUUCGUUUGUGUGUGUGUGUGUGUGUGCAAAAUAAUAUUUUAAUCACUGCUACGACUCUUGAUGUGACGGGUCUACCUAAAAAUAAUAUAACGAAACGUUUGGAAAUCGGACAUUUCUCACCCCCGUCUCUGGUAAUCACCAUCCACCCACCCACCCACUGGCCGCCGACGUCGCCGCGCGCCGACGACGACGUCGUCGUUGUCGACGGACGACGAACCGUCAACCGCGUGCAAAUCGCUCGCCGCCGCUUCAAUUCGCUUCCGUUCGCAGACGCUGGCGCCCCUCACUGGCUCAUUGGGCUCGCGACUUCGACCAGAUAACUCGCACCGCUCGACUGCUGUGGUAGUAGGUGGUUGCUGCUGCACACUCGCACACACACGACGACGACACAGUUUCACGGUCAUCCGUGCGCUAUGCAAAUCUUUGCAAUUGCACUGUACCGAAUAUUACGACCAGCAGCUGAUGUCGUCGUCUAUAACUGAUAUCAUUUCGCGCGGUCAUUGUGACAUACGCCGUUCAAAUUGAAAUUCGAGUCAAAAACUUUCCCUCGAACUUCACCCCCAGUCUCUUAUCAAAUCGCCUCCGUGAGACCUGAAAACGCAACAACCGGGGGCCACCUCGAUGCCAUGAACGUAUGACGGAAUCGUCUAUGCCACAGCCUGCUGAUCGGGUCACUGUUAUGUCUUUUUAAAUAUUGUUACAACAACAAUCUGGAAUGGACCCUCAGCAACAGUUCUGUCUUAAGUGGAAUAGUUUUAGUAGCAACCUUGUAACUGCAUUUGAUAAUCUUUUCAAAUCAGAAAGUUUAACAGAUGUAUCUCUGUUUUGUGAAGGUAAAACUUUCAAAGCUCACAAACUAAUUCUGGCAGCAUGCAGUAAACAUUUUCAAGAAAUAUUUGAAGCUACUCCACUAGGAUCAAGUUUAAUUGUCAUACUUGAUGGAACAUCGUCAACAAAUAUGGCAUCGUUACUUGAGUUCAUGUACCGUGGCGAAGUACAAAUAUCUCAAGAAAGGCUCUCUAGUUUUUUGAAGACAGCAGACAAUUUACAGGUAAAAGGCCUGUCAUUUGAAUAUGACAAAUUGUCACUCACGAGUCAGCGUGAACAAGGUAAUAAUGAAAACAAAUCAGCGAAUGAUUCUCCAAGACCAAAACAAAAUGGAUCCGCAGAAGCUCAACUUCCCUCUACCUCAUUUAGUCCACUCCCUUAUAUAACAUGCCAUUAUCGUCAAACAACUGUACAUUCUGAACAGCAUCCAUCAUCACCUGAUCCCCAAAGAAAUAAUAAACGAGCGCACCAUAACAAUCCCAACACAACACCAGUUUCCGAUACAUUGGGCGUUCGAGCAUCUGUCUUAAGAGAUGGUUCCAGACCAGAACGUGAAUCUCCUCUUUCUUUGACCUAUUCUUCUCAUUCAUCAGCGCAUUUGGAAAAUUCUCAUCAGCCCCAAACAAAUAGUUCUGGUCCUGUAGACGCUACUACUUCAUCACAUCAUUACCGUAAUGUGGCUUCUAAUAAUUGUGGAGAAGAUCUGCGAAUUAAAUCUGAACCUGCAACAACAGCACCAAAUUCUGGGGAAUUUCCACAAAAUACAAAUACAACCAAUGAAUGGAAAACACCAGAUAAUGGGACAACGCCACCAUCUCCAUCAAAUCACUCGUGGAAGAUGGACACAUCUCAUAAAAACGUUGUUUCAACUCUAACCCCUGAUGGUAAAAAAUUACAAUGUCCUUAUUGUGAACGAUUAUAUGGUUAUGAAACAAAUCUUAGAGCUCAUAUAAGACAGAGGCAUCAAGGAAUUCGAGUACCGUGUCCUUUUUGUGCUCGAACAUUUACACGGAAUAAUACAGUGAGACGGCACAUCGCCAGAGAACACAAAACAGAAAUUGCAGUGAAAUCAAAUCCAACAUUUCCACAAACUGCAAAUCACAAUCAAUAACUAUUAACAAAUCUACCUCUUUCCCAAAUAUUUUACCCUCCCCAACACUUUAUAUGUUUAUCUACCUCUCCUUAAGCAUUAAUCAUACCACCAGUUGAAUAUAAAAUAGUCUGGUACAUAAGCAAACUGCAGACUAACUGCCUUUAAAGUACAAAUGUAAACCAUAAACACUUCUGCAACUAUUAAGACUGAUGAAGGUGGUGUUAGUUUUUAGGUGAAAAUACAUUUUUAUGACACCGCCUUCAAUGUGAAACUUACCUCAAUGAUUUUUACA